AUGUCAAAUUACAGUAAGCCAGAUCAGCAUCAUUUUGGAGUCGCGUCAAGAAAGCGGAAAGAGAGAGAUACGUCUACAUCAGCUGUGAUGGCUAAUAAGCCAACUGCGCCGACGCCGCCGCCAACGCCGCCGAGUUUGUCAAUAUCACCGGCUGCUUCGGCGCCUUGUAAAGAUAAUAACUGGCUGCUAGCUGGUUAUUUGGCUCAUGAGUUUUUAACUUCGGGGACUUUGCUAGGACAGAAGUGGGACCCGGCUAGAGCUGAAGCCAAUCCCAUAACUCCACGUAACAACAACCCAAACAAUAUCAGAGGAAGACCAACAGCAGUAGGAAUAGGAGGAGCCGCAGGAUCUGAAGCCAAAUCGGUACGGCCGCAACAGAAGAUCCAUAGUAGCUACGCCAACGUGUCGAAGCUGUUGAAAAGUGAGGGGGCCCACAUUGAGGGGGUCGUGAAUCCAACCCAACUCGCAAAGUGGUUACACUUGUGA